GUCUUACAUUAGCAGAACAACUCUUGGAAUAUUAAAAGAUGGCAUUGUGCUGUUUUAAACUGAGAAAUGUAACAUCUUCAGUAAUUGCUUUCAGCUAUAAAACCACCAGGUACACAUGGGGUUUUUUUUAAUGUAAUUUUGAGUGUUCAAAGUAGACAUAAUGCUGUAAACACAUAAGUGAUUCAGACUCAAAUGCUGAAACUUGUGGCCAUCAUCAAAAAGAUUAUAGAUGAAAUCCAUUAAUCUUGGUUUUUGAAAUAUGCAUGUAUCUGUCCCUGGUUCCUAGUACAGAGUUCCUGAAACUCUUGUAAUUUCCUAAAUGACAAGAGCUCUAUAAGCAUCUUCUGUUCUAACCCUUAGGUCUUUGACUAAUUCCUGACACAGGGCUCCUAAAUCCCUUGGUAUUUCCUGGGUGAUAGGAGUGUCUUUUGACUUAAUGAGGUGACUCUUGGUAAGAUACUGGAUAGAUGGGGUCAGUCCCCAGAAAGACCAAGCCAUGAUUAGAAGCUUGGAACUUUCAGCCCUGUCCCCAUUCUCCUGGAAGGGGAGAGGGGCUUAAUAAUUGCUUGUGCCUGUACGAUUAAGCCUUCGUAAAAUCCCAAAAGUGUGGACUUUGAAGAGCUUCUAGGAUGGUGAACAUGUCUACAUGCUGAGAGAGUGGCACACCCCAACUUUACAGGGACAGAAACUCCUGUGCCAGACCCUUCCAGAUCUCACCUUAUGUAUCUCUUCGUCUGGCUGUUCAUCUGUGUUCUUUACCAUAUCCUUUCUUAUGUAAUAAACCAGUAAACGUAAGUAAGUGUUUUCCUAAGUUCUGUGAACUGUUCUAGCAAGUGAUUCAAUCAGUGAGGGGGUCUUGGGAACCUCCCAAUUGUAACCAAGUCAGACAAGUUGUAGGUAACAUGGAGACCCACUUCUUGUGAUUGGUGUCUGAAGUGGGGGACAGUCUUAUGAGACUGAGCUCUUAGGUCAUGAGGUCUGUAACUCCGGUUAGUGUCAGAAUUCAAUUGAAUUGCAGCUGGUGUCUAGAAUUGGUUGGUGUGGGAGAAAAAACCCCCACAUGUCUGGUGUCAGGAGUAUUAUGUGUGGAAUAAAAGGAAGAAACAGGUGACAAAAGCUCUUCACUUGAGGCUUUAGUCAGGCUUCUGAACCUUUCCUGGGCCAUAUGUACACAUCCUUGUAAAAUGCGGUUUUAGCAAGAACCUUGCUAAGUCAGUUUAGCAAGAAGCACUCCCCCUUAAUACCUAAUUGGGUUCCUCCUUCUACACCAUCGUAAAGGUGAUGUCUGAUUGCCCUGGCCUAUCUUCAGCAAGAAUCCUUUUGGAGCCCCCCGGCCCCUCAUGUUUCCUCUUAAUAGUUUUCCAUUCGUUGACUCCACCCUUCACCUUAGCUAUAAGAUCCCUCUUGCCCAUGCAGUGUUCAGGGUUGAGUCUAAUCUCCUUCCCCUACUACAAAAUUUCAUAGCCUCACCAUCCCCCAAAGUCUUCCUUACCAUGCUUCAACGAGUAUCAUUGAAUAUUUUUUUCCUUUUAACAGUUUUGGUGCCACAAACUGGAUAGGAUCAGAUUCAUCAUUGGACCCCCAGACCUCUCACCCAGGACCCUAAGUGUGUACCUUUGAAAGCUUUAUCUUCACUCCUGACUGAUUGUUCGGGGAUCCAUUGGUGAGUCCGACUCCUGAACCAUUGCUCCGGACAAAUGUCCGUGGAAGCUGGGAUUUGAGUCAUAAUCGGUUGUCUAACUGGAACAUCAGCUUGGAGUCUCAAACAUUACAAGAAGUGAAAAUGAAUUAUAAUGAGCUAACAGAAAUCCCAUAUUUUGGAGAACCAACCUCUAAUAUUACUCAACUCUCAUUAAUCCAUAAUUUAAUCCCAGAAAUAAAUGCAGAGGCGUUUCAGUUUUACCCUGCUCUCGAGAAUUUAGAUCUCAGUUCAAAUAUAAUAUCAGAAAUCAAGACAUCUUCAUUUCCUCGAAUGCAGCUUAAAUACCUGAAUUUGAGUAAUAAUAGGAUAACCAUCUUGGAGGCUGGUUGCUUUGAUAAUUUAUCUAGUUCCUUACUAGUGGUAAAGUUAAACAGGAACAGAAUCAGCAUGAUUCCACCCAAGAUCUUCAAGCUACCUCACCUCCAGUUCUUGGAACUUAAAAGAAACAAGAUUAAGGUGAUAGAAGGUCUGACAUUCCAAGGGCUUGACUCCUUAAGGUCUUUGAAGAUGCAGCGGAAUGGUAUUAGCAAACUUAAGGAUGGAGCUUUUUUUGGCUUGGAUAACAUGGAAGAAUUAGAACUAGAGCAUAAUAACCUUACAGAAGUGAACAAGGGGUGGUUGUAUGGCUUGCGAAUGUUACAACAGCUCUAUGUGAGCCAGAAUGCUGUUGAAAGAAUCAGCCCUGACGCAUGGGAGUUCUGCCAAAGACUGUCUGAACUUGAUUUGUCCUAUAACCAGUUGACCCGCCUGGAUGAAUCUGCCUUUGUGGGUCUGAGCUUACUGGAGAAACUGAAUUUAGGGGACAACAGAGUCACUCACAUUGCUGAUGGUGUAUUUAGGUUUCUUUCCAAUCUUCAGACACUAAACUUAAGAAACAAUGAAAUUUCAUGGGCCAUAGAAGAUGCUAGUGAAGCGUUUGCAGGACUCACAAGUCUCACUAAAUUGAUCUUACAAGGAAAUCAAAUUAAGUCAAUUACAAAGAAAGCAUUCAUUGGUCUUGAAUCCCUUGAGCAUCUAGAUUUGAACAACAAUGCUAUAAUGUCUAUCCAAGAAAAUGCUUUCUCUCAGACUCGCUUGAAAGAACUGAUUCUGAACACAAGCAGCUUACUCUGUGACUGUCAUUUGAAGUGGUUGCUUCAGUGGCUGGUUGAUAAUAACUUCCAACAUUCUGUGAAUGUAAGCUGUGCACACCCUGAAUGGCUAGCAGGGCAGAGCAUCCUGAAUGUGGAUCUGAAAGAUUUUGUCUGCGAUGAUUUUCUCAAGCCACAGAUAAGAAUGCAUCCUGAAACUACAGUUGCUCUAAGAGGCACGAACGCGACUCUGACAUGCACCGCAGUGAGCAGCAGCGAUUCGCCCACGUCUACUGUGUGGCGCAAAGACAGUGAAAUCUUGUAUGAUGUCGAUGUUGAGAAUUUUGUUCGUUACCAGCAGCAAGCUGGAGAAGCUCUGGAGUAUACGAGUGUCCUACAUCUUUUCAACGUGAAUUUCACAGAUGAAGGAAAAUAUCAGUGCAUUGUUACUAACCACUUUGGUUCUAAUUAUUCUCUUAAAGCCAAACUGACUGUGAAUGAGAUGCCAUCUUUCCUGAAAACUCCAAUGGAUCUAACCAUUCGCACUGGUGCCAUGGCCAGAUUAGAGUGUGCUGCAGAGGGGCACCCUGCACCUCAGAUUUCCUGGCAGAAAGAUGGUGGUACUGACUUUCCUGCGGCUCGAGAAAGGCGCAUGCAUGUCAUGCCCGAAGAUGACGUCUUCUUCAUUGCCAACGUGAAAAUAGAAGACAUGGGAAUCUAUAGCUGCAUGGCACAAAACAGAGCAGGAGGUCUCUCAGCAAAUGCCUCACUCACAGUAUUGGAGACACCUUCAUUUAUCAGACCCCUGGAGGACAAGACAGUAACCCGAGGUGAAACUGCGGUAUUACAGUGCAUAGCGGGAGGAAGUCCUGCUCCUCGCCUCAACUGGACCAAAGAUGAUGGGCCACUGCUGGUGACAGAACGGCACUUCUUUGCUGCAGCCAACCAGCUUCUCAUCAUUGUAGAUGCUGGCCUGGAAGAUGCUGGAAAAUAUACCUGCAUCAUGUCUAACACCCUUGGAACAGAACGUGGUCACAUUUACCUCAAUGUCAUUUCAUCCCCCAAUUGUGACUCUUCCCAGAGUAGCAUUGGGCAUGAAGACGAUGGCUGGACCACAGUUGGCAUUGUCAUCAUUGUUGUGGUCUGCUGUGUUGUGGGCACCUCUUUGAUCUGGGUCAUUGUUAUUUACCACAUGAGAAGGAAGAAUGAAGACUAUAGUAUCACAAACACAGAGGAGCUUAAUCUGCCUGCAGACAUUCCCAGCUACUUGUCUUCCCAAGGAACACUGUCGGAGCCACAGGAAGGCUACAGUAACUCUGAGGCAGGCAGUCAUCAGCAACUUAUGCCUCCCACCAGUGGAUAUUUACACAAAGGCACUGAUGGUGGCACUGGCACCCGGGUUAUUUGCUCCGAUUGUUACGACAAUGCCAACAUCUACUCCAGGACCCGAGAAUACUGUCCGUACACCUAUAUUGCCGAGGAGGAUGUUCUGGAUCACACGCUGUCCGGCCUCAUGGUCCAGAUGCCCAAAGAAACAUAUUUGGCACAUGCUCCCCAAGAUGCCCCUAUCUUGGAGAGCCUGGUGUCAUCAGCAGACAGAGAGUUGGCCGCCUUUCCCGCCAACCAUGAGAGGAUAAAUGAGAAGAAACUUCCCUCCACACAGAUGAACAGUGAAACAUUGCAGCGGCCUCUGUGGAACGCAAGCAAAGAACGAGGCCUGCCUCAUCCUCCCUUUUCCCAGCAGCCGGUAAUUGAGUCACCGCAACUCCAUCAGAGCGAGGGUCUGGCAGAGAGUGGUCCAGACUGUUCCACAUCCUCCAUGCCCUGUCACAGGUUGCACGACCACGCUUUUGACUUUAGUAGGACUCGGAACAUUCAAGACGGUUGUGAGGGCACAUGAAACCCACUCCAGGAUGAAAUCUGGGCAAAGACUCAAGGUAAUUAAUUUUGUAUUUACUACCUCAGAGUUCAGAAGAAACCCCGAAGUCAGCAUUUGCUUUCCCUAUCUGCAGUUACAUCUGACCACACCAAGGUGGGCCGGGCAUUUGUUUGGGCUUAUACCUGAUGAAGAAGGGGUAAUGGCUGACAGAAAUGGGUUCAUCUAAUAAAACACAUGCAGCACGGGCAGAGGAAAAUACAGGACAAAUGUGCCUCCUGAUGGUUCCACGGGGAUGUGCCCAGUUGUGCAUUGCCUAUUAGGAAGAGUCUCAUUGCUGCUUAACAUGCUGGAUUGUCUCAACCUGCGGAAUGAUUCUAAGAAAACAUCACUGUUCUGUUUUGUCUUCCAAGGAAUACAAAUAACUUUGGAGCCCUCUGGGAAGUGUGUCUGGGAUUCUUCAGUGGUUUUAAGCAUAUAGUUGAGACUGGGCUUUGAUAUUCAAGGUCUUUGAUAAGAAUCCCAGGCAUGACCAACUGUUACCAUGUCAGUGGGUGUUGUAUUCUUGUGAAUCUUUUUUCUUUUUUUUUUUUUGUCCCUAUCGCCCAGGGAUCUUAUUGUAAAUACAUGUGCAUUUAUAAAUAAUUUUUGUAUUCAUUGACCAUAUGUGUUGGCUGUAUUGUAAAUAUUUUUGAUAUGCCAAAAUUAUAUAUAAUAUCCAGUUAUAAUAUUGACAGCAGCUUCUCAGACCACAGAUUUUGUAUAACUCGGUUUAGCGAACCUAAAGACUUUGCUUAAAGUUUUAAAAAUGUAUUUGUUAAGAAGUAUAUGUACAGAGGCAGGGUACCUAGUGAUUGCGUACACACAAACACGAUCUUGGUGUAAUUAACCACUUUCUUCAUACCUAAAAGUUCAUACAUCUAGUCAUUUGCCAUCUGUUUACGAGUGCCGGGUAAUACUACCUUUCUAAGCAUAAAAAGACUCAAAAGACUAGCAGUCUUGUUAUAGCCGUGUGCACAUAGACAAAGGAAAUUUUCUUUUGGGAAUAUCUUCUUUCAGCAAAGUACGUUGUUGACGAGGAAACCAAAGAUUGCUUCUUUUCUAUUUGUUUGUUUUUUUUAAGUAAUAUCUCUUCUACCAAUGCACGGUAUAUCUUAAGAAGGGAAGAGUGCUUUUGGGAGUCAUUGAAUGUGCACAGAUUCUUACAUUAUAAAGCUUUAGAGUGGUCCUUGUUUUGUACAAGUGAUUAUUUAAGCCAAAAAGUUCUCUUGAAUUUCUGUGAUAGCAAAAAACUUUCUGUGAACAAAGGUCUUCACACUCUAAUGGAAUGUAAUGGACCAAAGUUCUUUUUUUGUCUGUGCUUUCAGAUUUUCUUACCUAGGCUGUCAGAUCCUGUCCUCCAAACCUAGUGAGCACUAGUUACAUCCUGGAUAACUUCCAUCACUAAAAUGCAAAUCUCUGUUUCUAAGUUACUGCGCAUUUCAGGGGUUCUAAACUCACAUAAUAUCUUCGCUUUUUGCCAGAAAGUUGAAUUGCACACUGGUUUUCAAUCCUCAGUUUUUUUCUCCCAUAGACAGCAGCACCUCUUUAGCUGUUUCUCCUGCCAAGCCUUUCUCUCUUUCCUUUUUAAACUGUCAACCUCUGUUCAUUUUUACUUUGAACUUCUUAAAUAUCACCAUUUUUCUCUCCUUCCAGUUUGUGACUCCUCUUCUUCCUUACCAGCGUGUACUGUGAUCUGUACGGGACUGACUUAGAGUCAGGACCUGGAUUUUGUUCCCAGCUCUGCUCCUUACUGGCUGUGCAGUCGGGGGCAAGUCUCUUCACUUCCAGCCUGAUUUUCUCGCUUAUGAAAUGAGGGCAUUCUGCUAGCUAGUCCAAAGCCCUUUCCAGCUGUAACGUCUUGUGAAUCUGUGAUCCCUCCAGGAGCCAAGGAGGAUUAGGCUACUCCAAUAAAAAGCUGCUUUCAUGGGACGUUUGUUAGAGUAACAGGGGUGGUGCUGCUUCCUCUGACUUGAGCCAGACUCCCUUCCUCCAUAGCAGGGGUGACAGUGUAAGAAAUACUCACAACUAGAAGAAACACUCUGCUUUGAACCAGUCUCAGCAAACAAAGAGUCUUGACUCGAUGGAAGCCACCAACUGCUCUCUCGAGCAGCAGCUCUGAAGGCUAGUGCCCCAGCAUACCACAGCAUCAGAGUCUGUUGAGGCCGCACUGUGGCUGAUUUGUGGCUAGUUCGUGACUCCCUCACCUUUCCAGUGUAUUCAAGGUUACCCUGUCACUACCCUGAACUCCCACUCAGAAUCUGGCAGACUUUCUUGAGUGUAAAGGUGUAGUUAUAGCAAGACUGUUAAGGGUGACAGGGCCAACAAACAGGCUGCGAACCAGUAUUCUAGAAAACUUCGAAGACAAGAGCGCUGCCUCUGCCCUAGCAAUGGUCCUACUACUUCUAGGACUGGUCUGGUCUCCUGAACAGCCAGGUUCACCCUUACAUCACCUCAAACAGCUGAGAUGUCCUCCUAGAUACUCCUAGCUUGCCUAAAUAACCAAAAAAAAAAAAAAAAAAAAAAAAAAAAAAACGAGUCAAGAAUUUGUUUAAAUAUCAAGAGCCUUACCCAUGGUCUUAAAAAAUAAUAAUAAAUUUAAUAAAUUCUAAUCUUAGGAAAAGAAAUUCCUGAAAUUUUUCAUUAUUGCAUAUGCUUUUGACCAAGAAGUGAUUUAACCCUUACCCGUAGACAGGGUUAGUGGCUCAUCAGUGUUUCCUCCCAGCAUGUAAGGUCUGCCUAAUGCUUCUUGAAUCAGGGAUGUUGCAAAGCCAAGCAAGUCAAAAUGCGGAGAGAAAUACUCUCUUACCCCUCACCCAGUUAUCACCCUGUAUCAGUAGGGAUGCCUAAGUCCUCUUAAUUUGUGCCCCUCUUAGACUGAUUCUUUAAGUCUAUCUAGAAGAAGAAAUAGCAUCUUUCUUUAACUCCAUGCCUUCCUGGCACAUGGUCUACACCUAAGCCAUUGGCUUUCUGUCAUUCAGCAGCUUCUAAAGUGCUUUCCCUAGUGUGCAAGUUACUCUAUGGGAUACAAAGUAUCAGAAACCCUCUAAUGUGCCAUCUCAGAGUGUUUUAUGUGUAUUUUUCCGAAAGGUAACUUUAAUAUUUAAAAAGAGUUGCCUUCACACUGCCUGUUGGUGGGUUGUAAAAGGAACAUUAAGAUAUUGAGCAACUUAGACUCUUACCCAUUUUCCUAAGAGAUGGGAGAUGCGAUAAGUCUUUAAUUACUUGAAGUUUUGCCAUGAAAUAGGAUUAAAUUCACUCUUUUUAUUCCUGAGGACCGGGGUCGUAUCUGCCCCCAUUCUGUGGGGCAGAAGUUACAGGGAAGUGCAGUAUACACUUGCCAGUAAUUCUGUAUUAACUAAUUCUCUAACAAAUUCGUCCAGUAAUUGGAAUAAUCAGUGUUUUGUGGGAAAAGUACACUCAGAAGCCAAAUAAUCAUCGGUUCGUAGCAUUGAAGAAAUUUCUACAUUGAGAAUGAGAAUAUGGGCGAGAUGACUGUUAGAUCUCUCUCAAUUUUAUCAUUGGAAAUUUCCAGAAGCAAUCUGACAGUCUUAAAACUUUUUCCUUCAAAGUCUUAUAUACAGUAAGUAUAGAGCACUAAAGACAUUUUUUUUCAACUAAAGAGUUUUGGUGUUGGGUUUACAUAAGGAGCCUGUUCUGUGCUAAUGGCUGAAACCAUGAAACUCUGGGCUUAUUCUGCAGAAAUCUAUAACUAGUUACUAACACAAAUGGCAUUACCAUAAUAAAAACUUUAAAAGUCUAUAUAAUAUUAUAACCGUCCUUUUUACUCUUUAAUUUUAUUCCUGUUUCUUCUUACCAGCAGGACUCCGAUUGGAAUGGGGUUGGAAUUGUGGUGUUCACACCCAGUAUUUUACCCAAGUGUGUUACAGCCUUUUCCAAAAUAAUUUUAAUAUCCACAGAAAUGCUAGAAGGUAAUGGAGCCACAGAGGUAAAUUUACUGCCAUUUCAUGCUACGUGCUCCACUUCUGAGUUUGCUCCUCAGUGCAGAUUACAGGGGUAAUUGUGAAGCAGUUGGGCCUUAUGAGGUUGUGCUGAGAUUUUUGGCAACCUGUAGGGAAUGUCUCAUUCUUCUGUGACAUGGCCUCUUUCCAGUCUGGCAGAUGUUUUUCCCUCCUGCUUCUAACUUAGAACUUUUUUGUAUAGAGUGCAGUCUAAACCACCAUGAGUUAGCCUUAAUUUUUUUUUUUUUCUUUUUUGGACAACUGCCUGGUUUGUUGACAAAAAUAACAGGUUCUGAAUUAAGAGAUGUAUUACAAGCUGCUCUUUACAAAACAACACCCUUGAACCCAUGAAUCAUCUGGAGAUUCUGUGAGUGAUAAGAGGUCAGGGUGUGUGUGUGUGUGUGUGUGUGUGUGUGUGUGUGUGUGUGUGUGUAGUAAUCUUUGGACCUGCUCCCUCAAGGUUGUGUGUUGAGUGUGUUUUAGCAAUCCUAAUAUCUCCACCAAUGAGUGGGGUGAAGGUGAAAAAUCAUCUUGAUUUGAGCCUGUUUUUAGAUACAAAGAGUAAAGUGAUGUUUUAUCAACUGUAACUGUCUUGAAAGAGAAAUUGAUCAUCAGGUGGUCAAGUGCUCUUGGAAUAUCUCUUGGCUGCUUAAAGUGGCCUCUUGAUCCAUAGAAAGACUAUUUCUACCCUCUCCUUUUCCCUCUUUAUCCCACCGGAGGACAUCGGUCCAAGUAGCCCUGGUACUAGAUGUACCUAAAGAGUGUUAAAAGCCAAGUUGGUGUUCAGUGUGAUCCUUUCCUAGUAUCUAUUUAUAUUUUCUCACACAUGAGAAUGUAUAUUUUAUAAAGCAUGUGUUUGUUUGUCUACCUGUUUGUCUACUGUAAUAUGUCUUCAAUAAAGCUAAAAUACAUUAUCA